AUGCCCGCACCGCAAGGCCACGGUAAAAAGGCCAACGGCCCCUUGGCGCGUCAGCGCUCACGGAAUACGACGCCGUCGAGCGUGGCACCGCCAACUGUGACGGCCAGUCUUCCGGAAAUUCAGGCACAAGACCUCGAGUACAUUCAGCUGCGGUUCGACGUGUUCCGCAACCUCUCCUACGACGACCUCGUGGACUCGGGCACCGGUGCCGGCUCGAGCAUCCCUGACUACAAAUCCAUAGACGGCAUUGUCACACGGCUGAAGAAGCUACAGGCAAUCUCGGACGAACGAGGCAGCAGCUACGACCGCGGCAUGCGGUUGUUGUCGCAUAACCGCCGCACGCGCAUGGACGACUUGGCUGCCGAACGCAGCCGCGAGGAGGAGCGGGUGCAGCGCGAGGCAAACGACGAAGACCACCAGCGGCGGGCCAACAAAAAGAAGCGUAAGGCGCCGGAGGGCACGGCCGCGCAAGAAGUUGUCACCGCAACACCCAGCGCGAUGGAGGUGGACGAGAAGACAAAGAUUGUAGCCGCCGAUGACAGCCCGUCCGAGUCCGAGUCGUCCGACGACGGCGCACCACCGCAGCGCCCGGUGCCACAGAACCAGACCUUUGGCGAGGACCCGUCCACGUUUCCCGACCCGACCGUGUACGAGGUUCGCGCAGUAAAGAGCGGCAUGUCAGAAGACGAGAUCAAAGAGAUCUACUCGGUGGCCGUAUACCCCAAGUCAGACCUUGCAGAUCUGGUCGCAGGCGACCCUCCAGACAAAGACUUUAGCAAUGCCAAACCAUCCAACCAGAUCAAUUUUUCCACCUUUUCCAGCUACAUCGAACCAUACUUCCGGCCCUUUACCGAAGAGGACCUGGCGUUUCUGCGCGAACGCGGUGACCACGUCACGCCCUUUCACAUUCCCAAGCGGGGCAAGAAGCACUACAGCGACAUCUGGGCGGAUGAGGACGGCGCCAUGGCCGUCGACUCGUCACCGCCGGUCUCGGGGCACGACAAGCGGCUGCCACCAAACCAACCGCGUGGCAACAUCGACUCCAUGACGGACGAGGUGGCCGAGACCGACAGGCUGUCCGUCGGACCGCUGCUGGCCCGCCUGCUGCAGGCCAUGCGACCCGAACACCGGGCCCCGCCAGUACCGACUGGCAGCGACAGCGUGAACGGCAGCGUGGACGUGUCGAUGAGCGGUCUCGGUGACACGAGCGUAAAUGGCACCGACGGCCCCGCAGGCGAGUCACAGAACGGCGACGGCGAGCGGGUGCUGCCGGUGGCAACACUGAUGCCCGAAUCCGCGUCCGAGACGUGGAAGAAGGCCACCCAUCCGAAGCUGGACUACACGCAGGUUGACGAACGGAUCAAACAGGAGCUGCGGCAUAUUGGCUUCCUGCCGUUUCCCGACUCGGCCCACGGAUCGUCCGUGGUCAAUAGCACAGGCAAUGGUAUGGGCGGCAUCAAUAACAGCAGCGGCGGUGGCAACAGCAACGGCAAUGGCGGCAACAGCAACGGCAACGGCAACGGAAGCGGCAACGGAAAUAGCAAUGGCAGCAACGGGGCCAAUGGCCACGGAUCCGGCGGCGGCAACGGGAACGGUUCAGCAAAUGGUGGAGGCGGGAACGCGGCUAUCGACCCAUCACUGACGGCCGACUACGACGGCCACUACGAUGACGAGGUGGCCGCACGGCUGCGGUUGCUGCAGUCGAAGCUGCGCGAGCAGAUGUUGAUGAACGGCGCCCGCAAAGCGCGGCUGGCCGAGCUAGUCAAGGAGCGGAUGGCGUACCAGGAGUACCAGACCAUCCUGGAAGACCUCGACGGCCAGGUGCAGGCGGCCUACUUGAAGCGGACCCGGACGAUGGGCAAAUCGAAAAAGGGCAAGCGGCCGGGUGCCGGAGGAGCCGGAGCCGGAGGGGCUGGCGGGGCUGGCGGAGCAGCUGGCGGAGCAAACGGCGCCGGCACAGCUCGGCCAGGCAUUGGUGAUAUGACCCGGCUGCUGAUGGAGCGGAGGCGACGGUGGAUGGAGAGCAUCGGUACCGUCUUUGAUGACGAGCGGCUGCGCCGCGUGCCGCGCCAAUGCGAGCCUGACAGCAGCAUCUUCCCGCCUGCCGAGAUGGCCGGACUGAUCAAGAAGGAACAGGAGGCUUGGGACGAAGAGGCCGACGAGGAGUAG